AUGGUGUGUUUAUAUGUGGAUGACUUAAUUUAUACCGGAAAUAAUCUGCCCAUGAUUGAGAAUUUUAAGAAGUCCAUGAUGCUUGAGUUUGACAUGUCGGAUUUGGGUAUGAUGCAUUAUUUUCUUGGUCUAGAAGUGAAUCAAUCUGUUGAUGGCAUUUUUAUUUCUCAAAAGAAAUAUGUGCAAGAUAUUCUGGACAGAUUUCAGAUGAAAAACUGCAACACUAUGAGCACACCAAUGGAGAAGGGUCUGAAGCUCGUCAAAGAACCUGAAGGAAGAAAAGUGGACAGCACUUUAUACAAACAAAUUGUGGGAAGCUUGAUGUACUUGAUGGCAACAAGGCCUGAUGUUAUGCACGCUAUGAAAGCAGUUGGACAUUUGGUUGGUUACACUGAUAGUGACUAA